AUGGCGGGAAGCGUGAAGAAGCUGGCAUUCAUUUUCCCCCUUCUCCUGGCGAAGGCCGUCAUUGGCCUCACCCCAGCAGAAUGGCGAAGUCAAUCCAUCUACUUUCUCCUGACGGAUCGCUUUGGUCGAACCGAUAAUUCCACCACAGCUUCCUGUGAUGUUAGCGAUCGGAUUUAUUGUGGCGGUAGUUGGCAGGGAAUUAUCAACCAUCUGGACUAUAUUCAGGGCAUGGGUUUCACAGCUAUCUGGAUCACGCCUGUGACGGAGCAAUUGCCACAAGAUACUGGAUAUGGAGAAGCCUAUCACGGAUAUUGGCAGCAGGAAAUAUACAACAUAAACUCAAACUAUGGCACUUCUGCUGAUUUGCUAGCUCUUUCAGAGGCCUUGCAUAAUCGAGGAAUGUACUUGAUGGUCGAUGUCGUGGCGAAUCAUAUGGGAUACAACGGAGCUGGCAACACUGUGGACUAUAGUGUUUUCAGCCCAUUUGAUUCUUCUUCAUAUUUCCAUUCAUACUGCUUGAUCAGUGAUUAUUCAAAUCAGACCAAUGUCGAGGACUGCUGGCUUGGUGAUACAACCGUCUCCCUUCCUGAUCUGAAUACAGAGUUAUCAUCAGUACAAACAAUAUGGUAUGAUUGGGUUGCUGAAUUAGUAUCAAAUUACUCCAUCGACGGUCUACGCAUUGACACUGUUAAACACGUCCAGAAGUCAUUUUGGCCUGACUAUAAUACAGCCGCCGGAGUCUAUUGUGUCGGUGAAGUCUAUGAUGGAGAUCCUUCAUACACCUGCCCUUAUCAGGACUACCUAGAUGCGGUUCUAAACUACCCAAUCUACUUUCAAUUAUUCUCUGUCGCAUCAGACUGCGUUGAUCCUACAUUGCUAGGAAACUUCAUCGAAAAUCACGACAAUCCCCGAUUUGCAUACUACACUAGCGACUAUUCUCAGGCUAAGAAUGCCAUUUCUUUCCUCUUCUUCUCUGAUGGAAUUCCAAUUAUUUAUGCUGGCCAAGAACAACACUAUAGUGGUGGCAGUGACCCGGCCAAUCGUGAGGCCACUUGGCUAUCCGGAUAUUCCACCACUGCUGAGCUAUACACGUUUAUUGCCUCUGCAAAUAAGAUUCGCGCGUUAGCAGUUUCGUCCGAUUCAUCAUACCUUACAUCUCAGGUGGGUUAUCCCUUUAGUCUAUAUAACGAGUCGAAGCUUACCAUUACCACGCUCCAGAACAACGCUUUCUAUACAGACAGCCAUACGCUUGCGAUGAAGAAGGGUACAAGCGGAUCGCAGAUCAUCACGGUUCUUUCAAAUUAUGGAGCAUCUGGAAGUUCGUAUACUCUCACCCUUAGUGGGAGUGGUUAUUCGUCUGGUACCAAGCUUAUGGAAAUGUUCACAUGUACAUCUGUUACUGUGGACUCAAGUGGAGCGAUCGCGGUAUCCAUGGUUUCUGGGCUGCCUCGUGUUUUCAUGCUUGCUUCAUCGGCCAGCUCUCUUUGUAGCUCAUCUAGCUCAACGACGUCCACGACUAGCACUACUUCGACAGCCACGAAGACAACAUCAGCUACCACUCUGACAACGACCACCAGCAGCAAAUCAACAGCAUCUACAAGUACUAGUUGCACCCAGGCCACCGCACUUCCAGUUCUUUUCGAGGAAUAUGUGACUACUACCUAUGGAGAGAACAUUUACAUCUCAGGAUCUAUCAGCGAACUUGGUGAUUGGGACACUGACGAUGCAGUUGCUUUGUCUGCGGACAAAUAUACUUCGUCAAGCCACCUGUGGUAUGUGGUAGUAAAUAUCCCUGUGGGUACUUCGUUCGAAUACAAGUAUAUCGAGAAGACGGACGGUACUACUUCGAUUAAGUGGGAGAGUGAUCCCAACCGAUCAUAUACGGUCCCAACUGGCUGCUCAGGGUCAACCGCAACCGUGACUGCAACAUGGAGGUAG